UUUACAAAUUCAUAUUGGGUUUUGGCGCCCAAAUGGGAUCCGAGCCGGUGAAAUAGAGGAGAAAAAAAAGAGUCGAAAAUUCGUAAAAUCGGCGAACAAUGGAAGUAGAAGUAGACGAGGAAGAACUAAAAUCGGCGGGAGCCGACUUUUUGUUUUUCCAUGGACGGGAGAUCGAUUCUCGUAACCGCUUGAUUCUCAGCUUAUUGGCUCUCCAAUAAUGGGAACAAAGACUCCAAACUUCGCCACUUUACCGGAAAUGAUAUUCGGUGAAAGUUGUUUGGUUCUCUUAAAGACGUCGCAAGCGGCAACGAUAUACGUUUCAAUGCAUUAGAUGCUUUUUCCGGUUGGAAACAUGAAGGUUUGCCUCCUGUUAAAGUCCCUUCUGCUGCUCAAUGGAAAUUCAGAAGUAAACCGUUCCAGCAGGAUAUUGGACUAUGACUGUGGAAGUGACAUGUUGAGUUUGAUUCAGACAAGAACCCAAGGGAAGAAAUUUCAGAGGGGAGCUCAGGCCUCCAUUGGGAGGAUUGCACACUGCGGCUUGAUGUCGCUGCGCUCACAUGAAAAGAACCAAUUCUUUUCUGUGAUGAGAUUGUGGGACACCUGCAUCCAUUGUGUUUUUGAUGGGAGUGCACAUCCUGCCAUUCUUUGAGAAAGCUGUUGGAAGGAAGGCACAUAUCAAUCUUUAUCUACUAAAGGUUAUCCUACUGAUUCUGCUGCAUAUGGUGAUCCAAGCAUCAGCAGCCAAAGGCUUCCUGUCAUCGUGCAUCUGACCCAAAAGCAUUUGUUCCCUGGUAACUUGUAGACUUUAAAUUGCCUUGUGCAACAAAUUUAAAUUCUUUGUAUAAUGUGGUCAUUGUGAAUUUUGAUCCAAAAGGGUCGAUUCAUUGGGCAAAAAAUCAGAGUUAAAAUCAUUUCACGUACCUUUAGCAAACUUUUUUUUUUUAAAAAUGUAAUUUUGGAUAUAAACAUAGUAAGAAUUCUCCAUCUCAUAUUGGUUUACAGU